GAAAAGGAAAAGGAAUCCUCCGGACUGCAAGAGGAACCCCCUGUGUCGGUCACUUUAGAAGAUGAGAGCAUAUUAUCACUCGACAAAAAUCGUCAUCAGGACAGUACCCAUGAUAGCAUUCGUCUCUCAGUGGAAAAUGAGAAUGCAAGCCAAGGCUCGCCCUCUGAUGCUCUGGGUUUGCAGAAAGUAGAAGACCGGAACUUGUCAUUUGAUGCUCUAGGUCUGGGUCUGGAUAGUGCCAUUACAGAUCAGAAUUCGUCAUCUGAUGCUCUAGGUCUGCAUAUGACUCCAAAUGAAUUGGAACUGCAGGCUCUGUCUUCAGAAUCAGAUUUACCACCCAUCAUUGAUCUCGCAUCCACGACAGAGGUGGAGGGACCUCAAGAAGCGCUAUUGUCUCCAUCUUCGCAUGCCCCUUCUUUCAUUGAUUCCGGACCCUCACAAGCAACCAGUGACUCAAUUACCGAUCCAGUCACCGAUGAGAACGGUAACGAAGCCGAUAUAUCGGCCUCGUUCGAAGUGUCUACCACUACAGAAGAAGUCAAAAGCACUGAUGGACAUGAGCUUCAGUCUUCUGUCCCAGAGUUGACUGAAAGUUGGACCGUUAUACCACAAGCUACCGAAACUAAGUCAGCCUUACGAAAGGCUGCUGAAAUUCUUCAAGUCUCGCCGACAACUAUGGGUGCUAGUGCCACUGAUCCUAUCGUCAUACCUUCACUCAGUAAUGAGAAUGCAUCGAUACACUCCCUCGUCAAAGUACCUUCUAUUGUCAUCUCUCCUAAAUCGCCUGUCUCGCCCAAAUCACCCAGUGGCGGUAUCAAGAAAAGUGCAGAUCACAUGGUCGUCGGACUUUGGAGUCACGUUUCAGAGAGCUCGGAAAAUAUCUUACCUCCAAAGUCCGCGGAAACCGGGCAGAGACAGCGGCCGCUUCGAAAGUACUUAAUAACCUCGAAAAAUGUGCAAAAUCAGCAAAAGAGAAUCAUACAAAUGUCAAUGCGCGUCAUUACCGAGAUCCCUAUUGAAGGAAUCAUCAAGCUCUCUGGAUACGGCCCCGACGGUAUCAAGAGUCUCGACAUGAUGCCCCUACCUCAAGAAACAUGGGCAAGCUACCUUCACCGCCUAAGUCUAUCGGAUAUCAAAAAGGUCAAAGAACUAUAUGAAUGGUUGGAACGAUAUAUAGGCGCGGUGCCGGAAUUAUUAGCGCGGGAAGUGCCACGGGCUGCUGGGCUCCUUCCCCCAUACCCAACAGAAAUGGAGAACGUGCUGGCCAUUCAUGUAUACCGUCUUGAUGAAAAGAAUGCCCAAAACGAAUCAGGAUUAGAUUCUAACUUCGUAGGGGUACAAGUUGUGGAAGGGGUCCUCUCAUCACCGCAACCCCGAUAUUAU